GUUCUCGCCUCUCUGACUUCCCAUCAAUCGCGAGACUCUGCGGUGGCAGCGGCCCAUAACGUCACUCGUCAUGCCGCCGAAGAGUCAAGCACCCGGGCAACCGACGAUCUCGUCCUUCUUCACCAAGAAGGCAGCUAAUCAGGCGCCUUGCGCUCCAUCUGCCUCAGCCUCCCGCUCCCCUUCUGGAGCCGCUUCCCCCCCCUACGCAGCUGCCACCUCUUCCACGCUUGGUCGUCGCCAGACCAAUGGCGACCACAUCCGUAGCGACGACGAGGACGAGCCUCCUAUCAAACGCGUCAGGCCCCCUACUGCGCCAUCUAAGCCGUCCUCCAGCAGCAGAGACCGCGUAGAGCAGUGGCGCUUCACCCCACGCUCCAAGCAAGCCGCGCUGGACGAGAGCACCGAGGAGCUGCCCCUCCCCACCUCUUCGCAACGCAGUGCUCAUGAGGAAGAGAGGCAUAACACGUUUCGCAAAAAGCUACUUGGUGAUGCUAAUCCUAUCGUCAAGUGGGACCAAGCCGCGAAGGCUGCCGAGCGCGACGAGGGAGGCGACGGAGCUGACGAAGACGGAGAAGGUGGCGCUGAUGAGGAUGAAGACGAAAGCCAGGACAAGCAAGAGGGUAGCUCCAAUCUUCAUCGCUUUGCCAGCAGUACCGCCAUUAGAAGUGGCUCGAGCAAAGGCAAAGGCAAGAAUGCUCAACCAUCGUCGAGCAAGGUCAAGUACACGCCACUCGAGCUACAGGUCCUCGAUCUCAGGGCAAAGCACCCUGACGUGCUGCUGCUUUUCGAAGUGGGAUACAAAUUCAUCGCCUACGAAGAGGAUGCAGUCAACGCCUCCAAAGAGCUCAACGUCAUGUGCUUUCCCAAGCAGAAUAUGCGCAUUGCAAGCAUUCCCGUGCAUCGCCUUCAUAUCCAUGCUCGACGCCUCAUCAAGGCGGGCUACAAAGUCGGCGUUGUUCGCCAGACCGAGACGCGAGCACUCAAAGCUGCCUCGUCGAACUCGUCUAAGCCCUUUACCCGCAGCCUGACUGAGCUGUACACUGCCAGUACCUGGGUCGAGGACCUUGAGACGGUCGGUGGUGAUGAGUCAGGUAUGGAGAAUCCGGUUGCACAGAACAGUCUCGUGGCAUUGGUUGAGAAGAUGGAGGGGUCAGACGAGCGAGUGUCCAUCGGACUGAUUGCCGUCCAAGCUGCGACGGGUGCAGUCGUCUACGAUCAGUUCAUGGACAGCAGUAUGAGGAGCGAGCUUGAGACGCGAUUGGCUCACUUGCAGCCAGCAGAGCUUCUUCUGCCGCCGCUUGGCAAGCUGAGCAAGUCAACAGAGAAGCUCAUUCGCUACCUGGCAGGCAACCCAUCUACGUCGUCUUCGGUCGGCAUCGCCUCGACUCGUCUGCGAGUAGAGAGGACAGAGUCGGUGCUCACAUACAACGAAGCUUUCAAUAGGGUGACGUCCUUCUACGAGGAAGCGGGGCAGACUGGCAUGCAGGAUGUCGACAUGGCCGACGGCGAGGGCUCAGACCCCGCAUCAAGUAGCAAGCAACGCUCCGUGAUCGACGACGCCUCCGCCGGUGCCACAAUUGCCACGGUAAUGAAGCUGCCCCCUCUGACUGUCCAGGCUCUCGCAGCAUGCAUCUCUCACCUCAGGUCCUUCGGCCUGGCGUCCAUGUUCAAAGUCACAGGCAACUUCGUCUCCUUCCAGGCGCGCUCUGAGAUGCUUCUCUCCACCGGCACGCUACACAACCUUGAGCUCUUCGCCACCACAGAGGGGACCUACAAGGGAUCCCUCUGCUGGCUGCUGGAUAAGUGCAAGACCAUCUUUGGCAAGCGAACCCUGCGCCGCUGGAUUGCCCGACCAUUGACGGAUGUGAAGCGAUUGGAGGAGAGGAUGGACGCAGUCAGCGAGAUGUUGGAGGGCAAGGACCCGCUCCUGAGCAAAGUACCCGAGCUCCUGACAAAACAGCCCGACCUGGAAAAGGGGCUAGCCCGCAUGCUUUACGGACGUGCCACGACAAAUGAGGUCGCGACCAUCCUGCUCGCCCUGAACCGGAUCACCCAUCAAUUCGAGCCUGUUACCCAUCCCGGCGACGUAGGAUUGAAAUCUUCUCUCCUCAACGAGUCCAUAGCCGCACUUCCUCGUGCUCGUUCUGUGAUCAAGACCGCCCUACAGGAAUUCAACGUCUCCGCUGCGCGAAAGGGCGAGAAGGAGAACUUGUUUCCGGAAGACAAGUUUCCUGAGCUGCAAGAUGAGAAGGACCAGAUCAGCCUAGUAGAAGCGGACCUAGAGGAGCACCUCAUCGACCUCCGCAAGCAGCUCAAGCGCCCUACCCUGCAGUAUGCCACGGUGAGCGGGAUCGACUACUUAGUCGAGGUGCGAGUCGGGGACGCGAAGAAAGUUCCUGCGGAUUGGUUGCGCAUCUCAGCAACAAAGAGUGUAGUACGCUUCCAUACGCCAGAAAUCAUUGCGCACAUCAAGCGACGUGACCAGCACCGCGAGCGGCUAGAGGCGAAAGCGAAGGAGGCAUUUUCUACCUUUCUCGACGAGCUUUGCGAGCAUUCGACCGUGCUGCGCAACACCAUCUCUGCCCUGGGCAAUCUGGACGCUCUCACAAGCUUGGCAAGCGUAGCAGCCCUCCCCGGGUACACGCGACCGGUCUUCGUUCCCGAGAGCGGAGGGGACGUUCUCCACCUAACGGGAUUGCGCCACCCGAUGAGUGAGGCGCUGCGGGACGAUUACGUGCCGAAUGAUAUUCAGCUGGGCAAUGACGGGCAGAAGGGCUUGGUCCUUACUGGCGCGAAUAUGGGUGGCAAGUCCAGCACCGUAAGAGCGAUCGCGCUUUGUGUCGUGCUGGCGCAGGUUGGCUGCUUUGUGCCUGCGAGCGAGGCGAGGCUGAGCAUCAGGGACGCUGUAUUGACGAGGAUGGGGGCGAGCGAUGAAUUGGCGAAGGGCCGCAGCACAUUUAUGGUCGAAGCAGAGGAGGCCGCCGAGAUUCUUCGCGUGGCCACCUCGCGCUCUCUCGUAAUCCUCGACGAACUAGGGCGCGGUACCUCAACCUUCGACGGGCAAGCCAUCGCCUCAUCGGUCCUCUCCUAUCUUAUGACGCGCGAAACCCACCGCCAGCCGACCACCUUGUUCAUCACCCACUACACCUCCCUCUGCACACUUGCUGAGCGACUGUCAGGGGUGAGAAACAUGCAUAUGGCGUUCGUGGAGAGGGCGAACCCAGUGGAUGGGGAGAAGGAGGUCGUGUUCCUUUACCAAUUGCGGGAGGGACCGGCAAGUAGUAGCUUCGGUAUUCAUUGUGCUGCCCUGGCCGGCUUGCCGAGGGCCAUGUUGGAGGUCGCAACCGAGAGGGCUGAGAAGCUCAAGGCAGAGACGGAGAGGAGAAUGAGGAGCAAGAGGAACAAGGCUGCGCGGAGGGCGCUGAAGGUCGUCUUUGGCAAGGGGGACGGGGAGGAGCUCGAGAUGCUGAAGAGGGCAGCGCUGAAGUUGGGGGUGAUUGAGAUGGAGGGCGAAAGGGAGAGCUGAUCAAGGGUGCAUUGCGUCUGACACCUUCAAUUAUCACCCAACACAUUAGACUACCGUUCACUCUUCAAGCGAGCUCGAC